UACAUUUUCAUUGUUGUUAUGGAGAUUUUGGCUUGAUCACGUGGUUAGCACAUUGAACAUUGACAGAGAAAUUGUGUGAAACAGUAGUGUGGAUUGUAAACAGAAGCAAGAUGCAUCGGAGUUAUAACUCAAUUUUACCUACUCAUAAUAGGCUUCUUCAAAAGAAAUGGGAUGAUACCUACUACAAUGAACACAGACAAAAGGUUUAUACAGCUAAACCAAUGGUUGACACAAGAGCUCCACCAACAUAUAUGCAUCUUCAUUUAAAACUUAAGAAGCUUCAGUUGGAAGAGGAAAGACUAGCCACAAUAGAAAGAGAUAACAGAAUUUUACUAGAAAAGAUGUCCUAUAUAAUGAGAACUAGAGGAAGAGUUGAUAAUAGAAAUAAUUACGAAUACAGAAGUUUAAAUAGAGAAAAACGUCAGAGAGAACUCUUACGUUUGACCAGAGAGAACCAGUCAAUAUUAGGGAGAAUAACCCAAAGGAAACCAGAAUAUAGUGCUGAUUCAUGGGCCAGACAAUGGGAAGAUGACCAGAAAUUUAUGGAUAAUAUUUCUCAUUUCCCUAAAAACUGGUGGUUAAUGAAGGAGGAUACAAAUGUACAGAAUAAAAAUAAAAAGAAAGAAAAGUCAACAAUGGGCAAACAAGAAGAAGUUAAAGAAAAUUCCAGACCUGGUUCAGCAGGAUCGACAAAAGUUGUAGAUGAAAAUGAAGAACAAAAAACAAAAGAAGAACAGAAAACAAAAGCAUGAGAGAAUGUUUUGACAUGAAUGUAAAAUUGACACCAGUUGAAUAAAUGAAUGAAUGAUAACAUGUUAUUUCCAUAAAGUAUUCUUAGAUGUGUCAUCUGAUCUGGCACUGACUUUAAAUGAGCUGUUUUUAAUCUUAUAUGGUUACAUUUAAUUUCAUGUUUUGAUGAUUUACAAACUUCUAAUCAUUACAUGUAUAAAUUAUUUAUAAUAUUCUGAAAAUACUUAAGGCUGGUUUGUUGCAUGUAAUUUGUGUCUAAAUAAAAAUAGAUCAGUAACAGAUAAAAACAUCUGGAAAAUUUUCAUUAAUCAUAUAUUUAGCUCAUAAUAGGGAUUUGCAGGGAUAGACUACACUGUAAUAUAAAAUAACACCAGGGUAAAUAGAUGUAUAUAUUAGCAAGCUUGUAGAAAUACUACAUUAAAUCUAAUGCUCCGAAAAAAUUACGAUAACGAGAGCACCAAAUGAAGGAAUAGAUUGUCUCCAAUUGUAACAUGUAAAAGUCAAGCAAGCAACUAAUUUCUUUUAUCAAGUUCAUCUAAAAUAAACAUGAGAGAUUUUGAAAGGUGCAUUGUCUAUAUUUAGUCUCUAUACAAUAUCCUAAAUGUUUAAAACUAUUUGAUUUUGAUAAUUUGGACCUCUAUACCAAAGAUAAAAAUCAUUGCUUUAUACGAACAAUUGAAAAGUGCCUGAGAAGCAGAUUUUAUGUAAUUGUUAUUGCUUUUUACCAAAGUAAGUGUGGUCUUGGGUAUUUUUUGAAGGUCAAUUGCUAUUAAAAUGAAAAUGACCAAAAUUUCUUACUUGACCAUCUCUGUCAAGUUUUUUUUUAUAUUAAAUUUUAUCUGUAUUUUAUGUUGUAUACAUAAUUAGUAUUAUUUUUGUGCUGUGAUAUUGUUGUUGUCUUUGCUCAUAAUUGAAGAAUGCUUUAGUUUGUUAAUAAUUUGUUAGUUUAUUUUUAAAUCAAACUGCUUUAUAAGCAAAAAAGGUAUUUCUCAUCGUCGUAUGUUAGUUUUACACUAUUUUUAUUAUGCUAUUUAAAUAUAUAUUAUAUAUAUUACUUAUAAGCAAGAUUUUAUACACAAAGUUAUGGCAGAAAUUUUGUAUCUAGACUCGGACAUUGUCUUCGGAAAAUAGCGAAAAUCUAAAUUCUGGAUUUAUUUUUCUAAAUUCAUUUGUUUUAAUAUUUGUUAAUAUAUAAUAGUAUUGUCAUUGACUUGCACUUGUGAUAAACAAACACUAGCCAUAAUAAUAAGAUUUUUUGUGAGUAGAUUUUUUUUUCUUCAAAUUAUCUUUUGUACAAAAAUAAAAUUUAAUUUAUAUUGUGGAAUUAAGUAUUAUCUCAGCAAGAUGUUACCACAAACAAUUACUUUUAUCAUUCUCCAGUUAUAACAGAAAUGUUUGUGUCUAUCUUCAUUAUACAACAUGUCUGAUACUCAGUAGUAUGUAUCAUUGUGAUAUUGUCAACUGUAGGAUGUUUUUUGGGAAUACCUCUAACAACUUGAGGGUGUAGAAUACUGCCAAUACAGAUGAACAUAUUGUUUAAAAACAUUUACCUUUGCUCACAACUCAUACAUGAAAUUAGAAUUUUGAUUAUGAAGAAGUAACAUAAAAUAAAAAAAAAUUGUAAUCUUUCUUAUGUAUAUUAUUAUGAACUUUCGUCUUUCAGAAUAUUUAUUUUUCAUUUGUAAUCAUAUAUAUUGGGAAGUGCUACAAGGUAUGAAAUGAGUUUAAAAGUACAAAAUUAAUAUCAUUCAGCUGAUAUGCAAUGCUGUAGCCUAUGUUUAUCAAUCCAUAUCUGUGUUUUAUUCUUUCAUAUGUUUGUCUUUAUAAAUUUUAAUAAAACAAAUUUUCUACAUGUAA